AUGAGAGCGUCUAAAUUUCUGUGGACAUUGGUCAGUAUGUUGACGUUUGGUUUCAGGCUCAGUGCGGCCCUUUCCAACGAGAAAUUAGCGGCAGAAAUGGUUAAGCACAAGGGCGUAAUUAAACUGAACAAUGCCAACUUUGAGAAGAUAAUUGGAGGUAAAAGAGACGCGUACAUGGUCGUGCUAUUGACUGCAUCGUCGCCACAAAUCGGAUGUUCUCUCUGUGUCGAACUGGAGCCCGAAUUCAAACUUAUCGCAGACUCGUGGAUCAAAGACCAUCCAGACGGGUUGUCGAAGGACGGCGAAAACGCACUUUUUUUCGCCAAAGCAGAUUUCGAACCGAAACGUAACAACGAGGUUUUCAUGCAUUUCAAUGUCAACAAUGUGCCUCGACUAUUGUUUUUGACUCCUGGUGAGGGUUCCGAAUCUUACAACCAAAUCAACUUACCAGGAGAAAGCGGUUCUGCACGUGUUCUGGCCAUUGUACAAUCUCUGAGCCAGGUAAUUGGAAUCAAUGACUUUAGAAUCCAUGAACCCAUCAGCUGGGGGUCUGUGUUGAUCAGUGCUGUGGCAACAAUGGUGGUCACCUUAGCGGCCAAGAAAUAUAGAUCCGAAGCGCUACGACUGGUGAAGACAAAUGCCCUUUGGGCCGUCGGAGUCGUUUUCAUCAUUAUCCUGUGGAACGCGGGCUAUAUGUUCAACACUAUAAGAGGAAGUCAAUUCGUGGGCAUGGCGCAAGAUGGAUCCAUGGUCCAUUACUUUCUAGAAGGGCAACAACAAAACCAGUACGGCGUCGAAACUCAAAUAAUUACUGUCAUCUACGCGAUUCUGGCCAUCAAUAUGCUAUGCUUGAUAAAAUUCGUCCCUUAUGCUAAGAAAUACUAUCAAAACGAAGAUAACAAGAAAUCUAGUUCAAAGGCCAGCAUGAUCGAACUCGUUUUGGCCCUUACGUUUUCUGCUUCAAUUUACUUGGUUUACAGCGCCUUGAUGGGCGUUUUCAGACUCAAGAGCACCGGCUACCCUUUCAAGCUGUUCAAAUUACCCAGUCUCGUUUAA